AACAUCGCAUUCAUAGCUAAAGAAAGAGCUUAGUAAAGAAUGCGGGUCCAUAGUGUUUUAAAAUGGCGGAUGCGAAUGAAAAAUUGCUCGCCGAAUUAUUAAAAAAACCAGGCAACAAUGAAUGCGCUGACUGUGGAGCAAAAAAUCCAGAAUGGGCUUCAUACAACAUUGGAAUAUUUUUGUGCACGAGGUGUGCGGGUGUACACAGAUCGAUGGGUGCUCACAUAUCAAAAGUUAAACAUUUGAAAUUGGAUAGAUGGGAAGAUUCCCAGGUUACUAGGGUUAGAGAAGUUGGUAAUAAUGCUGCUAGACUUUACUACGAGGAACGUGUACCUUCUUGUUAUAGAAAACCCAAUGAAAAUGCACCUCAAGUUUUAGUGGAACAGUGGAUAAGAGCUAAGUACGAACGUGAAGAAUUCUGUCAUCCAGAAAGACAAAAUCAAUAUGUAUCAGGUUUUAUGGAAGGUUUUUUAAUGAAGAGAGGCAAAGAAGACUCUCGUUACUACCCCCGUAAAUUUGUCUUGUCUGAAGCUGACGACACGUUGAAGUAUCACGUCAAAGAGCACAAAGAUCCUAAAGCGGUGCUGAGAAUAUCAGAAUUAAAUGUCGCGUUUGCGCCAACGAAAACCGGUAAUCAAAACAGUCUGCAAAUAUCAUUUAUGAAAGACGGAUCGACGCGUCAUAUUUACGUCUACCACGAAGACCCGGAAGUUAUAACGAAUUGGUAUCUAGCGAUACGUUGCGCAAAGUUGCAUAGGCUCCAAGUUGCUUAUCCUGGUGCUUCGGAACACGAGUUGCUGUCCCAACUGACCAAGGACUUUCCCAAAGAAGGUUUCCUCUGGAAAACUGGACCCAGACACUCAGAUGCUUAUAAAAAGAGAUGGUUUACACUGGAUGGCCGUAAAUUGAUGUACCAUGACGAUCCUAUGGACGCUCAUCCUAAAGGGGAAAUAUUUAUUGGCUGCAGUACAGAAGGUUUUGCGAUUAAAACGGGCGUACCACCUGGUGCUAAGGAUCAAGGAUUUUCAUUUACUCUAGAAACACCUGACAGAAGUUUUUUACUGUCUGCUCAGAGUGAUGAUGAUCGUGCUCAGUGGAUUAAUGUUAUACAAAAGGUUAUUGAUAAACCUUUGACACCUCAAGAUGCAACAGUUGCUGCAAGAUUAGUAAGAAAACGUACUGCCAGUGGUACAAUGAAUAUAUUAUUUUCAUCGACAAGGUAGACCUGGAUUUUCUUUAGACAUUUAUUGUAAAAUUAAAAUAAAUAUAAAGUUGGUUAAUUGUUUAAAUCUCGUCCGUGUUAAAGAUAAUAAAUAUCAAGGUAUUAUGUCUCAAGACAAUUUACGAGAGCCAAGUCCAAAGUUACGGAAAAAAGAACAAAUUUUUAAAAUAUAUAUAUAAGAACAAAACCACAGUGAUGUUGACGCACACAACUGAUUGUAAGACACUCUGAUUAAAAACUCCGAUUGAGUCUGAUUGGAAUUAAAUUGGAUUUCUAUCAGAAACUAAAAUUCAAUCAGAAUUACUCGGGAGUGUUUCAAGUAUCGGAUUAAAUUUCAAUCAGACUUAAUCUCAAAAACUAUUUAUCCGAUUAAUUUUUCGAUUUCUGAUUAACUUCCAAUUAUAAUUUUUCAAUCGGAUUUAAUCGGAGUUUUUAAUCAGAGCAGACCAUUACACAGUACACUAGCUUAUGUAAUUUUAAAUCAUAUUAAUUAAUAUAAAUAAAAAGACUGACAGGGAAAAAUCAAUAUAUGCUUGCUCGCAUUACGUGCAACAACAUUACAAUAUUUAAUAUUACAUUCAACGUAAUAUAUCUUAUCAAUCAAAUUGUCUCGUCAGGUUUUUUUUUAUUUUUGUUUAUACAAAACAAAUAUUUGACGGUGCAAUUUAAUAACAAAUUCGUAUACUAAAUACACGUGACUUAUUUAUAGCAAUAAUGUGAUACCAGCGUUAAAAUUAAUGGGAAAAAUUUUAAUAAUGAUGACAUGAAAUUAUAAUUUAUCACCGGCAGUUGUAAUUAAUUAGAUUUUUAUUUAUUGUGACGUUAAAUAUUUGCAAUUACUUUGCUAUCAGAGGCCUGCUGUACCUGCGCUUGGUAGCAGGAAUUAAAAAAAAAAAUAACUACUGAUUGAAAAUUUAAAAAAUUUUAAAUUCCGCGCAUUGGAAAAUAAAAUUAAUAUGAAAGUAAUCCAAAGACAUGCUCCGUAACAGUUUUUUUUACAAUUAAAAUAAUUGUAAGUAAAGAUUUCACAUAAAAAAGGAUAAGUUUGUUAAUUAAAAACUUCAAUCACUUGUCAUCUGGCGACACAUCACAUUAAUUUAAAUAAUUAAAUUCCGUGUUACUGACAGUCUAUAUAUUAAACAGGAAAUUAAUUUAUAUUUUCUAUAUAUAUACAUAUAUAUAUGUAUGUAUGUGUAUAUAUAUGUAUAUAUAUAAACAAACAUUUAUUUAUAUAUUUAGUUACUUGAAUUUAAUAUCCGCGUGUAUUGUACACAAUUAUUUCCGUCCGACGUCGUCGAUCAUGAGUUUAUGUCAAUGCUUAAUAUUGUUGAUGCGAGCUAAGUGAAUAAUUAAUAUACAGUUAAUUAUUAUUUAAGAUUUUACAACAUAAAUAUAUAUAUUAAGUUA